AUGUCUGCUUCUUCAUUUUAUUUCAAAAUAUUUGUUCGAAAUCUACCAUGGACCGUUUCUUCGCAUGAACUUCGCACAUAUUUCUCACAAUUUGGUUAUGUUUCACGUGCCUCAGUUUUAUACAAUCCGGAUACGGGUCUAUCACGUGGUUUUGGUCACGUUGAUUUUAUUAAACGAGAUGCAUUCGAUACCGUCAUGUCACAACCCACACAUAUUCUUGAAGGACAACGUCUUAGAAUCGAAGAAGGUCAACAUGGAAAUAAACAACAGCGUUACAAAGAUAAUCCAUUACCAUUAAACAGAACUAUAACAGUCAAACAAAAAGUAACCGAGACAGCCGCGUCAACGAAUGAGGAACAACAGACCUGA